AUGUCUGCAAAGACAACAUCAGGCCCUGGAGGCCGAAAGCCUGCCUCUGCGGCAACCAACCUGAUUGGUGAGCUUGAAACUACACCAGGUUCUCCAUGGCGCCAGAUACUAAGAUUGUUGCGACAGCUGGAGGAGCAGCCGGUAUGAUGGAGGCUCUAGUAUGCCACCCUCUCGACACGAUCAAAGUUCGAAUGCAGCUCUCUCGGCGACAGCGACAGCCAGGCAUGAAACGACGCGGUUUCAUCAAGACUGGUAUUGAGAUCGCGCGAAAAGAGACUCCACUGGGUCUGUACAAGGGAUUGGGAGCUGUCUUGACUGGUAUCGUUCCCAAGAUGGCCAUCCGGUUCACCAGUUACGAAUGGUACAAACAACUGCUCGCCGAUAAAGAGGGAUCGAUUCAUGGGCCUCAGAAUUUCCUGGCGGGUCUUGCGGCCGGUGUCACAGAAGCCGUUGCGGUCGUCACGCCCAUGGAAGUGGUCAAGAUCAGACUGCAAGCACAACACCACAGCAUGGCAGAUCCCCUCGACGUACCGAAAUAUCGCAACGCCGCGCACGCAUGCUACACGGUCAUCAAAGAAGAAGGCGUCGGAGCUCUCUGGCGAGGUGUCUCCCUCACAGCUCUCCGACAAGGAACAAACCAAGCCGCGAAUUUCACAGCUUACACCGAACUCAAAGACAUGUUGCAAAAGAACAGCAAAGACCCUUCGGCCCCACUGCCUUCGUACAUGACCAUGGGCAUCGGUCUCAUCUCCGGUGCCGUGGGCCCUUUCUGUAAUGCACCCAUCGACACGAUCAAGACUCGUCUACAGCGCAUGCCCGCGGAACCGGGUCAGUCUGCCAUGCAGCGCAUUACGAUUAUUGCGCAGCAGAUGUUUAAGCAGGAAGGCGCGAGGGCUUUCUGGAUGGGUAUUACGCCGAGAGUGGCGCGUGUUGCUCCGGGACAGGCGGUGACGUUUGCGGUCUAUGAGUAUUUGAAGGGCGUGCUGGAGAAGGCGAGAGAAGUCAUACCCGCGGGGCAGUAUGAAGAGUAA